AUGGAUCAACUGCUUACUUUAUUAGUGGUCGUCUUUUAUUCUGCCAUCUUGGGUGUAAACGGUAAAAAUCACGGCCCACGUAAAGUUCAUAAGACGACUGAUGGUAAGAUAGUAGGGGGGAGCGAAACUACUAUCCAAUCUUACCCUUACCAAGUAUACCUGUUGCUGAGGCAAGCGGGAACUGGUGACUAUUACCAGUGUGGAGGAUCAAUUGUUACUCAGCGGUGUGUUCUCACGGCCGCCCAUUGCGUCACUGGAAUGGAGUCAGCCAAUAUAAGAGUGGGAAGCACUGACGCUGCAAGCGGCGGCAAUACAUACGAUUCAAGAAUACUUGUCAGACAUCCAAAAUACAACGCUAGGACUAGUGACUACGAUGUUGCUCUAAUUAAACUGUUCAGACGCAUUACUAUAGAUGGCAGAAACACUGAACCGAUUAACUUGCCUUCGAGUAAUUGUGCUGUAUCUUCGGGGACAAACUUGACUGUCACGGGUUGGGGUGACACCAGUGAAAACGGCGACACGAGUAACACUUUAAUGGCUGUUAAUGUUGAUGCAGUAUCUGACGAUGACUGCAAACAAUCAUAUCCAAAUUUAACUCCUCGAAUGAUUUGUGCUGGUGUUCCUGAAGGUGGAAAAGAUUCAUGUCAGGGUGAUUCAGGUGGGCCUCUAGUUAGAACUGGAUCUAAAACACAAGUGGGAGUUGUAUCGUUUGGAUCAGGAUGUGCAAGGCCUAACACACCCGGUGUUUACAGCAAUUUAUGUAACCCUGAUAUUCAAAAGUGGAUCAAACAAAUGGGAUGUGCUUAA